AUGCGGCGCAUUUCCAUCGAUACCUCAAAGGUCAUGCCAUCUCAGAAGAGUAGGCCCUUUGAUACGGCAAAAACGAGGCGAUCCUGGUGCAGCUCACGACCAAGGCUGCUAACGACAUGUUUGUUCUUUGGAGCUCUCUGGCUAUGGUUCAAGCUCCCUCAUCAGGACAAUCUCAUACCAGAAGACUCCUUUGAGUAUCUGGAAGACGAAAGUCUGCAGGACAUUAGAAACGAGACUCUGGGAUUCGAGAAAAUAUUGGUCCUCAACCUCCCCUUCCGCACUGACCGCCGCGAUGCCAUAUCGCUGUCAGCAGCACUCUCCAACAUUAAACUCGAGUUUGUAAAUGGCGUGACAGGUGACAGUAUCCAUGAAAAGGCAUAUCCUCCACCAGACGAGAACAUCAAGCUUCUACCCGGUAUCCGUGGGAGUUGGAGAACGCAUAUGAACGCUCUGCAGAGAGUCGUCGAGCAGAACCUCACCACCGCCCUCAUCCUAGAAGACGACGUAGACUGGGACAUACGCAUCCGACAAUCCCUCCAACGCUUCGCCCUAGCCUCCCGCUUCCUCUCAGACCAACACACACACCUCACCCCACACUUUGCACAGCAAAUCCAACACACUGCCAACACCGAAACCAAAGAAACAGCGUACAGAAUUCUCGACACCUCCAAUCUCGCCAAAACACUUUCCUUCCUCCCCUUAUCCUCUACACACACCCACUCCUCCCCCUACACCUCCCACCCCUACGCCAACCCCUUAACCUUCGACAUCCUCUGGCUCGGCCACUGCGGCGCCGGCAUGCCUCGCCCACCCCUCACCUCCAACCCCAACAACAGCUACCCCAAUCCCCUCCUCCUAACCCACCACCCCGACCCCACCGUCCCGGCCCCCCAACACCUCAAAGCCCACCCCUUCCAAGACACCCCCGACCCCCUCGCCACCCUCUUCGCACCUCACACCCGCGUCUACCACCCCAGCACCGGCGGCAGCCUCUGCACAGUCGCCUACGCCGUCUCCCAGCGCGGCGCACGUCGCCUACUACACCAAUUCGGCGUCAAGGCCUGGAACGGGAUCUUCGAUGCCGAACUCGGGCGCUGGUGUGCGGGCUUGGAUCCGCAGUUUGGACGCCCCAGGACCAGCAGGGUGGGCGAGGGUGCAAAGGAGAGACUUUGUAUUACAACCCAACCACCGCUUUUUGCACAUCAUCAUCCGCGAAAAGGGGAAAGCGAUAUCGGGGGUCUUGGGGGUGGGUAUGCGCGCGCGUAUGAGACCAAGUAUCUGAGGUAUAGUGUUAGGAUAAAUAUGGAGGGGUUGGUGGAGGGUGUCGGUGAGAAGGGGAUGGUGGAUCAGUGGGUUGAUGGGGAAGGGAGGGAGGGAUGA